AUGGCGAAUAAUCAAAACGAACCCACCGAUAGAGCUCUUUUGUUGGAUGUCCUUACUACAAUAUCUGAAAAUGAGCUUAGAAAACAACUUUUAACAGCUUAUAAAGGUAUUAUACAUGUACACCGACGCAUCGGUACAAAGGAAGACCCUAAUGCUCCCAACCAACUUGUUCAAAUUCAUUUUCAAUCAACAAAGCAAGCUGAAGAAUUCAUUGAAAAUGGUUGGAUCAGUAUUGGUAACUUACGGUGUCGCGUAAAAGCUUUACCACCGAGUAUACCCGUACAAAAGGAGAACAAGAGAAACAAGGGAUUCGGUAAUCAAUCAAAAAUAUUGAUUGAAGAAGACCAAGUUACUCAUAAAAUUCUUGUUCACGAUUUUCCUACGGACAUAACUGAGAAUGAUCUUAAGAAGAAAAUGACGCAAGUUUACCAGGGUGUUAAAAAUGUUAAGCGAUGGUACAGUAGAAAUGAGCCAAGUAUUCCAACAGAAAACGUUCAAAUUGAUUUUGAAUCACCAAAAGACACCAAAGUCAUACUUCAAAAAGGUUUCAUUAACAUCGAUCAACUUUAUUGGCCGGUAACAGCUUUGAGGUCAAGAAAACCUCAACCGAGUCAAGUCGAAAGUGAAAGUCAACAGCUUUAUCAAUCGAGAAUAUUCUUCGAAGAAGACCUACUAGAAAUAUUUGAAGAUCAAAACAGGCAAUUGAACGACUUGUUCUUUCGUUACAAUGCUCAGCUCAAUGGUGCCAUCCAGCAUCUAUGA